AUAUUUUUAUAUUUAAGUAAUUUGUUGUCCUCCAUAGAGACCAGCCUCCCCCUUUACUCACCCCUACGAUUUACUCCUCACUUAGUUCGGGGGAGGGGGUAGUGGGAGCAGAGGACAGUUUACUUCAGACAGGCGGGAGCUCGCUCAGGGCGGACAACAUAAAAAGAAAGAGAGGGAGAGAGAUUCUAAAAAAACAAACUUCUGGAAGCGCUUACUGACAUACUAUCGAUGUGUUUUUUUUGUUCAAACGGGGAAUGAAUCUCCCCUCACUUGAAGUUGUUUGCAGCAUAACCGGUUUUGAGGAGGAGGCGAGGCGCGGCGGCGGAUGGGAGCACACAACCUCAGCAGCGCCAAACUCACAAUGCGCCCCGACUGAACGCAGCCAGCGACACAACGCAGAGCGGCGCCUACACUGACCAGCCGGACACUCACAUCUGGGCUUCUUAUUCUCUCCUCUUUUUUAUAAAACCUGUUCCAGUGGUUCGUCCAACCGAAGUCUGCGGCUGAUUUAGCUUUUUUUUUUUUUUUUUUUUGGAUCGAUUGUGAGCAGAUUGACUUCGCUGCUCGGGAGGGCAAGCGGUCUGAUCUCCAAACUCAGCCAUGACGUCUCCGGCAAAAUUCCGAAAAGACAAGGAGAUAGUGGCCGAGUAUGAAACUCAAGUUAAAGAGAUCCGGGCCCAGCUGGUGGAGCAGCUCAAGUGUCUGGACCAGCAGUGUGAGCUGAGGGUGCAGCUGCUGCAGGACCUGCAGGACUUCUUCAGGAAGAAGGCGGAGAUCGAGGUGGACUACAGCCGCAACCUUGAGAAGCUGGCUGAGAGGUUCCUCACCAAGACCCGCAGCACCAAGGACCACCUACUCAAGAAGGAGCACAGCAUUUUAUCCCCCGUGAACUGCUGGAACCUGUUGCUGCUUCAGGUGAAGAGGGAGAGCCGGGACCACGCCACACUGUCUGACCUCUACCUCAACAACAUCAUCCCCCGCUUCGCUCAGAUCAGCGAGGACUCAGGGCGCCUCUUCAAGAAGAGCAAAGAGGUUGGCGUACAGCUGCAAGAAGACCUGAUGAAAGUUCUUAAUGAACUUUACACGGUGAUGAAGACGUACCACAUGUACAACACGGACAGCAUGAACGCAGAGUCCAAGCUGAAAGAGGCGGAGAAGCAGGAGGAGAAGCAGAUGGGACGCUCCGGUCGGCAGGACGACCGGCAGACGCCGCGCUCCCCCGACACCUUGGCCAGCAUCAAGACCGACGAGAAGCCCGUCCGGCGCUCCAGCGUCAAGAAAAUUGAGAAGAUGAAGGAGAAAAGACAAGCAAAGUACACAGAGAACAAGCUGAAGGCCAUCAAGGCCAGGAAUGAGUACCUGCUAGCUCUCGAGGCCACUAACAGCUGUGUCUUCAAAUAUUACAUCCACGACCUUUCCGACAUCAUUGACUGCUGUGACCUAGGUUACCAUGCUAGCCUGCACCGCGCCCUGAGGACCUACCUAUCUGCAGAGCAGAACGUAGAGAUGUCGAAGCACUCGGGCCUGGAGACGCUGGAGGGAGCCGCGGAGAGUCUGGAGGCCAACGGGGACAAACAGAAACUGAUGGAGACCUACAACAACGUCUUCUGCCCCCCUGCUCGCUUUGACUUCCAGUCUCACAUGGGAGACACGAUGGGAGUGGUGUGUGCACAGCAGCCGCUGGAAAGCGAGCUGCUCCAGAGGUGUCAGCAGCUGCAGUCCCGCCUCGCCACACUCAAGAUUGAGAACGAGGAGGUGAAGAAAACCAUGGAGGCCACUAUAGCCAACAUCCAAGAAAUGGUGACGGUGGAGGACUACGACGUCUCUGAGUGCUUCCACCACAGCAACAGCAUGGAGUCGGUCAAGUCCACUUUCAGUGAAUCCUAUCUCAGUAAGCCCAGCCUGGCCAAACGACGGGCCAAUCAGCAGGAGACGGAGCAGUUUUACUUCACGAAGCUGAAAGAGUUUCUGGAAGGCAGGAACCUCAUCACCAAGCUGGAGGCCAAGCAUGACCUUAUUGACAAGACCAUGGGAGAGAGUCAGAAGACUGACUGUUGCCUUGCCAGUGGACGGAGAAACUCUGCGGUGCGGAAGCAGGAGUCUGGUGAGGCCAUUCCUCUGAUGGUCGAGAGCUGCAUCCGCUUCAUCAGUCGCCAUGGUCUGCAGCAUGAGGGCAUCUUCAGGGUGUCUGGCUCUCAGGUGGAAGUCAAUGACAUCAAGAAUGCCUUUGAGCGAGGCGAGGACCCGCUGGCAGGGGACCAGAAUGACCACGACAUGGACUCCAUUGCUGGCGUCCUGAAGCUCUACUUUAGAGGACUGGACCACGCCCUCUUCCCAAAGGAAGUCUUCCAUGACCUCAUAUCCUGUGUUUCCAUGGAAAGCCUGCAGGAUCGAGCAGUGCACAUUAAGAAAGUUCUGCAGUCUCUGCUGAGCAAAACACUCAUCAUUAUGAGAUACCUGUUCGGCUUCCUCAACCACCUGUCCCAGUACAGCGACGACAACAUGAUGGACCCAUACAACCUGGCCAUCUGUUUCGGCCCCACCCUGAUGUCUGUCCCCGAGGGCAACGACCAGGUCUCCUGCCAGGCCCACGUCAACGAGCUCAUUAAAACCAUCAUCAUCCACCAUGACACCAUCUUCCCCAAGCUGCACGAGCUGCAGGGCCCCAUCUACAUCAUCCCUGGAGCUGGAGAUGACUUCUGUGACAGUCCACACUGUGAGCCCCCCAUUGUGGAGGAGCCUGCGCCGGACACCGCUUGUGUCACCCGCAACAGCGAAGAUGGCUCCUUGGCUGUUUCAGAGUCCGACCCGUUCGAAGCCAUCGCCCGGUUCGACUUCUCCGGCCGAACGAAUCGGGAGCUGUCGUUCAAGAAGGGCGCAUCUCUGACGCUGUACCAGCGAGCUUCCGACGACUGGUGGGAGGGACGACAUAACGGGGUGGAUGGACUGGUGCCCCACCAGUACAUCACGAUCCAAGAAGCGUGCGAUGGGGGCCGGGGAAGUCCAAAGGCCGAUGUGGACAGCAGGGACCUGCUGGAGGAGAGAGUGUCCACUAGAGGCAGCGCUGCUUCUCCUACUGGAGCUCAUGUGGCGGACAUCUACCUGGCCAACCUCAACAAGUUGAGGAAACGUCCAGAGUCCGGGAGCAUCCGAAGAGCGUUCCGUGGCUCAGAGAGCGACGGUACGACUCCAGGAGCCAGUGGGGGGGGAGGAGGGGGGGUUAGGACCGCUUCUCUUCCCGUCGGUGGGGCUCUGGUAAAAGAAACUGGAGACAAACGACCCGUCAGCGCUCACAGCAUCCUCAACUCUGUCACCCGCCACUCUUCUCUCAAGACCAAGGUGGAGAGUCCACAGCUGCGCAAGACGACCUCAGCGGGCCGCUCCAAGAGCUUCAGCAACCACAGACCCCUCGACCCCGAGGUCAUAGCCCAAGUGGAGCACAGCUCUCAGGACAUCGAAGCUGCGAUCGAGCUGAGUAAGUUUGAAAGACAGAGCACCUCCAAGCACACCCACACCCCCGACGUGGUCCUGGACACACUGGAGCAGCUGAAAGGUCUGGGUGGCGGUUGCGGCGGAGGAGGAGGAGGAGGAGGAGGAGCCUCGGAGCCCUCCAGCCCGCUGCACUCCCGUCUGUUAAGGGACAGCGAUGGUGGCUCCUCCCACAGCCACCCACUUCAGCGCAGCGCCUCCUCCGCCAGCGACGUGCCCUCCUCCUUCCGCCCGGUCAAGAGCCGGCCGCGGAGCCCCCUGCCGUCUGCCACCUCCCCCUCUCUCUCCUCUUCCUCCCUCUCCUCGUCUGUACCUUCCUUUAGAGAGCUCCGCCCCCCAGCGACGAGGCCCAAGCCGGUGGUGUUCCCAAAGAGUGGCGGCGGCGGCGGAAGUCCAGCCAUGGGUUCCCCGACCUCCACUGUGCCCCCGACACCUCCUCCUCCACUCGCCGGCCACACUCACUCCCUCCCUCACACCCCUCCUCCUCCACCUCCGCCCCAGUCUACUGACAAAUCCUGCCCGGCUUAGACCUCCUCAAUCUGACCUGCGAUGCUGAUAACUUGCAGAGCCUUUUGAUUCUUACAGCUCUCCCACCAGGUGCAGAAAGCACUCGCUUUGUUUCACACAAGACCUAACCCCACUACCCAUGUGUAGCAUUCACCUCUUGUUGUCCGGCCUAAGGCUCCAUGUUCCCUUUUAGAGUGUUUUCCUGCCCUCUGCUGGCAGCUCUGCCUUACUGCAGUUAAACUAUCAGAGGGCGUAGGUUGGUGAACACCCCUCAAUGCCACUUCUUUGUCUUUUGCCACCGCAGAGAUCCCAGGCAUCACUGGAUUUUAUGUCCUUUUUUUUUUUUUUUUUUUACAAGGGAACAGGACUCAGGCUGGACACCUGCAGACCUAAAACGUACAUACACUAGUUUGUGAUGUCUGAAAUUGUGUUUGAGUGGGUGUGAAGGAGUGUUACUUGCCUUUACACAGAGAUCUACGUGAGGAACAAAAAGCACUGUUUGAUUUUGUAUAGUAGAAAUGACCGAGUUUUGUUUCUUUUUAAUGACCCAUGUUUAACGGAAAAGAAGGGAGUGUUUUAUUCCUGAGAACAGACUGUGAAAAGCUAAGCUCUCUCUCUGCAAAGAUAUUAAACACACUGACUUGCUGCUGCAAAAGUUCAAGACUGGAGAUAAGGUUGACAUUUGUGACUGAUCAGCGGAAAGAAAACUGGGCCAAAUAUCAGUGGAAGUCGUGUGAUCGAGAGCUUUAUUUGAUCUCUUCCUCAAGGGUUUGAUAUGUUGAUGAUUUCAUUUUUAUUUUUUUCUGUUCUUUAUUAGUACCGCAACGGGGGCAUAGCGGGACCAGCGUUCCCCAACGGUCAUUUUUAAAUACACAUAUAGCAAUACGGAUGAUACAAAUCUUAGUUUGAGGCAUUAUGCUGCUUCUCUCCUGUAGCUCUAACAUGUGUGUGUGUGGGGGGACAACUGAAACCCAGCAAUUUUAUAGGUAAUGUUAGACUGCACACACACGCAUUCUCUCAAAGUGUGUGCGUGUUGGUGUUUUGUGGCAGCUAAACGCCUUUCAGGUUUUCCUCGCAUGCUGGGGCCACGGACAGCGGCCACCACGGCCAGCUUGCUGAAUGCAUCAGUUUAUAAUUCUGCAGCACCCGACGCAACUUGGAACAGAGUUACAGCUUGCUCCUUUAAAUAUGAACUUCACACUUAACAGUAAAAGGGUUGUAUUAUUCUAACGGUGUGUACGUAUGUUUAAUAAUCACAUUGAUAACUGGAAAGCAUGGAGCUGAGAAUCCUCUUAAGUGUGCGUGUGUUUUUUUUUUUUUUUUAAUAGAAGCAACCAACCACCUCAUCCAAUGCGUUCUUAAGCAAAAAAUGCUUUGUUGUUACGUACCAGUUGUUGAUUAAUGCUCAGAAUCUGUAACGUGUAGCCGUCUGGGUGUGUGCGCGCCUGUGUGGGAGCAUGCGUGGAUGUAGCACACUCCCACCAACAGACAGAUAGUGUUCCCCCACCCCCAAAAGCUGUAAACCUAGUGGAAACACUGGUAUGUAUGCACCCCCGCCCAGCGCCCCUUUGCAGUGUCCACCCACCAGAAAGGGAUGCCACCCAACAGCAACUGUCUGGAGAGACACAGGAGUACCAGCGGCCUUAGUGCUGAAUAAAUAUGCACUGUGUGUACAUGCAAUCUGACAAAAAGCCUUCAAGUACAUACAUGAUAAGAAGUCAUCCUCAGCCACUGCUGUAACUGCAACAACGGCAGUCUAAACAGAAGGAGGAAACCCAUAUCUAAGGGCUUACAUUGUUUUUUGCAGAAUUGUACUUUAGAUAAAUUAGAUCUGAUGAGGAAUUAUGUAAUAUGUGAAUCCUUUUGCAAAAGUGGACACAUGGCAUUCGGGGUGGUUUGUAUUUCACAAACCAUACUGAACUAUUUGUACUGAGGCGUCUUCAUAUUCCCCACUAGCUCACACCCCUGUUCUCCCAGUAAUACAGCACAUACUGCAUUCCUGUAUGCUCUCUACCAGGUUAUGAAUUAUACCUGUAAAAGUGUAUUUGUAUACUGUUCUUGUGUUACCUGGUGUAUUUGUGUCGCUCUUACCUCAUGACAACUGGAGGGACUGUGACUGUGUGUGUGUGUGUGUGUGUGUGUGUGUGUGUGUGUAGUUAAGGGGGUGUAAUUUACCGCCAUAAACAAACACACACAGACGUGCAUGUGGCUGGUUGAUGUGUUUGUCCCUAAUUCGAUCUCAAAUCAAUCAUUGUGCACUUGAACAACUUGGCUUGCGUGUGGACUAACUGUGUGGGGACGGUUUGUCCGAUUGGAAUAUUGUUAAAUAUGCAUUUUGUGUCCAUUUGAAGACGGCAGAACUAAAAAAAAAAAAAAAAGACUGUAAUGUCAAAUCUAUUUAUAGUUGUCUCUGUAUUAUUGGAGAAUCCUGUGUUCAGAUGUACUUUGUAUAUACAAUGUUGUACAUUACAGAGGUACACUCUUUUUUGGUACAAUAUUGUACAGUAAUAGCAAUAGUAGUCUAAUCAAAUAGGCCUUAUAUAAUUCCAUGUGUAGUUCUUGUAGUAGAUCUUUUUUUAAUAAACAUUGCUUGCUAUAUAGA